CGGGAGCUCAGCCUGUCAGUCAGGGGAGGAAAGUCAGUGAGAAAACAGCAACCAACUCACUGCCUGCACUCAGCUAGCUGAUCCUCCGUCUCCAGCCCUUGACAUGGCAGACAAAGAAACCAACAGAGACUGCUCUUCCAAGUCGUGCAGCGUCCUGACCUGGGAACAAGUCAGCCGUCUGAACAGCUUCCUCACUGAGGUGGUCCCAAUACACGGACGUGGCAACUUCCCUACCUUAAAGAUCACACUGAAGGACAUUGUACAGACUGUGCGUAGCAAGCUGGAGGAGGUGGGAGUCAAAGUGCGCCAUGUUCGACUGAACGGCUCUGCAGCAAGUCAUGUCUUGGUUAAAGACAACGGCCUUGGUUACAAAGAUCUGGACCUAAUCUUUGGUGUGACUUUGUCUUCUGAGGCAGAAUUUCAGCGCGUUAAGGAUGUAGUGAUCGGGUCACUGUUGAACUUCUUGCCUGCUGGGGUAAACAAAGAGAAAAUCAGCCCUGUGACCCUCAAAGAGGCAUAUGUUCAAAAGCUGGUUAAGGUCUUUACUGACACAGACCGGUGGAGUCUAAUCUCCCUGUCAAACAAAGACGGGAGAAACAUUGAGCUCAAGUUUGUGAAUUCCAUCCGCCGCCAGUUUGAAUUCAGCGUGGACUCCUUCCAGAUUAUCCUGGACUCUCUGCUGUUUUACCACGACUGCUCAGAAAACCCAAUGUCUGAACACUUCCACCCAACUGUGAUCGGUGAAAGCAUGUACGGGGAUUUUGAAGCUGCGUUUGAGCACCUCCGUCAUAAGCUUAUUGCUACCAAAAACCCAGAGGAGAUCAGGGGUGGAGGACUAAUGAAAUACAGCAACCUUCUAGUCCGGGACUUUAAACCUGCAGACAAAGAGCAGAUCAAAUCUCUGGAACGCUACAUGUGCUCCCGGUUCUUCAUUGACUUCUCAGACAUUUUUGAGCAGCAGCGAAAGCUGGAAUCCUAUCUCCAGAAUCACUUCAUUGGCGAGGAGAAAAGCAAAUAUGACUACUUAAUGAUCCUGCGCAAGGUGGUCAAUGAAAGCACAGUGUGCCUUAUGGGCCAUGAACGCAGACAGACUCUGAACCUAAUAUCACUGUUGGCUCUCCGGGUGCUUGCUGAGCAAAACAUCAUACCAAACGCUACCAACGUCACCUGUUACUACCAACCUGCACCAUAUGUCAGCGACCCCAACUUCAGUAACUACUACAUUGCCAACUCGCCAGUGUCCUACCCAACGUGGCUGCCAUGUAGUUAGACACAACCUCUCCUAAUGCUCUCUGGGACAGUGCUCAGGAAGGAGUCCUGAGGACGCUGGUUUGACUCUUGGGUCAUAUCUUUUGAGCAUCUUAUUGGAAAAGGGUAUACCCUGCUCCAAGAUUCAUUGUUUAGGGGUUUUCUCCAAAAUACUGCCCCCCUUGAAGUGUUGGCUCUUGGCAGCGUCCUCAGUGUCUGGGGAGCUUCUAUGGGCUGACCACUUUAUGGUUGAAGUGUCUGUCCACACUGAGUGAAGGGCAUAAAUGAGAUUUAUUGUGAGUGAACGCAGUCUGCAGGGCAGCUUGCAUUUUGAGGUGAAUUAAUAUAAUUUUUUUUUUUUUUUUUUUUUUUAUGAAUCUCACCGUUCAGUUAAGAUGUGGGCCCCAGCUGUGGAGUAUAUAUAUAAACUCGCUGCCUGGCCUCUUCCCCGCUUCAACAUGGGUACAAACUAUUGCUACGUGGUCCUUUUUAUUGACCUUUAAAGAUGAAAAAAAUAAAAAAAAAACUUUAAAAACAAAAACCAAAACAAAUACUAUGUCUAAAAAUACAAAAAACAAAAUGUGAAUUUUUCUUUUCUCCUUUUUAUUUAUCUCAGAAUACAGAAACAGGAUAAAAAAAAAACUGGAUAAAAAGAUUGGAAAGUGUUAAUUUUGUGUGUGGUGAGCGGGUGUGUUCAUUUUCUCUAUGUAUCGGACAGUGUCAAUGUGGAUCGAAUCGACCAACACAAUAUUUAUGUUGACGUUUUGAAUGUAAAGAUCAAGAUUGGAUUUUUUUUUUUCUAUUUGGAAAUGUUUGUUCUGAUGUGGGUUUAUUGCUGUAACUGUCUGCUCCCAGAUGCAGUGAGGCGUCCUUUUUAUUUAAUCCAUGGUUUGUUCAGUGACAGCCCCCACCCUGUGCUGCAGGUUUUAAUAUUGGAGUGUUCCUGUCUCUGCCACGCUUGCAGGGUUAACUCCAUAGUUCUGGGGAAGUCCUGAAUCCAUUAACAGAUUGAAUGCUGGCAAGCAAUGCGAUUUGGCCAUGCAUAUCUCAGGGUUAAUCCUGCUCACUGCAGCCAUAUAUCACAAACCGCAUAUUGGGGUUUAGUGGCAACACACGGCCUGUGCCCCAUGCCCUCAGUCAUGCCAUGGGUUAGUUAACUGGAGGGGGUGCCUACCUAUGUGCCUUAAUAUUUACACUUAAGAUGUUGAAUAGCCUCUGUAUGAACACUCCUGAUUCUGUAUAGCCCUGUGGCAAUGAAAUGGUCUGUAAAAUUGUUAGCCACAAUCCACUCAGGGAUAUUGCUGCCUGUUUAAACCCUUCCACCAGUGCCUACUCUGCUGUUUAAACACUAUCCUCAGCCAGUGCAAAGCACCAGGAUGCUUCCAGUUUAACCCCCCUAAGGACCACUCGCAAUGCCAUCGUCAGUCCUCCCUUGAAAUGUUGUGCUGGUUUAGUACCUGUGGCUCCAUAGAGCUGACGGCUCUAAAUUAGGGUGACAUUCCACUCUGGGAAUAUGUUCUCUAAACACCAGGUUAAAGUGUUGGAGAGGAGGUACACCCAAUUUUCAGAACUACAUCUCCCAUGGUGCAUUGUCAACGUUGUAGCUCUUAAAGAAACAUGGGUGUUGUAGUUCUGAUGCAGCUGGCUGUCUUUUACCCUUUUAAGAAGUGAAACUAAACCGCCUCUCCAUUAUUGGGAUUUAUGCUGACUUAUGGUAAUGCUCCCAUUUUGGUCAGCUUUGCCUCACAUUCACCCAAAGUAUAGCUUGGAGUGCACAGGCUUCUCUUGUCAUGGGACCAAUUCCUAGCUGACAUUCUGGGUGCUUGCAGUAGUCCAUACAGGGGUCAAAAUAAACUGUGCAUUAAAGGGUUACUAGCUAUUGCCCAGCAGUUCAGCUAUCGAUGGGUUAAUGUCCUGAUGUCUCCAGCUCGACAUUAGACUUGUAUUCUGGUGCUAAAAGAUCAAAAUAAACCCUUUAACCAAAA